AUGACAGGUUACAGUCCAGGCAACAUGUCUAACGCUUACCGCCAUGACAAUCGAUCGAUACUUCCUGAUCGUACAUGCCGUACGAUCACGAAACACUAGGACAACACGCAGAGCAAUACUGAUCAACGUUGGCAUAUGGUUUUUUUCAGGCGUGUUAUAUGCCCCGGUACUGGUGUUUAACAAGACGGUGCUAGAAGGUGGAUAUCUGUAUUGCUCUCGCGAUUUCCCCUGGGCGCACGGCGAACUCGUAUUCUACCUUUUCAUUCUCCUUGCCACAUAUGGCGUCCCGCUGUCGGUCAUCAUGUUUUGCUACGUCCAGAUCCUCUAUCAAGUAUGGCAUAAGACAUCCGCCGGGACAGAGUCAGCGCAGGCCAACGCAAGGGCACUCCGCCGCAAGAAGAAGAUAACACGCAUGGUCUUCAUUGUCGUCACACUCUUUGCCUUGUGCUGGGCCCCACUGCAUGCAGUCAACCUCGGGCUCCAAGUAGCCCCUAAUUUCGAGAGUGUUGUUAGCACAGAAUUUUACACAUUUUGUCUGUGUCUAGCUUACGCCAAUUCCUGCGUUAAUCCAUUUGUUUAUGCCUUUACUACAACCAGUUUUAAAAAAUACUUCAAAAAGUUUUUCUCAUCUGGAUGGAGUGGUAAGACACCACGCGAAAACGUGUCGGUUAGUAUCAGUAUGAAGACAAAAACCGAACGACUUACUACAUCGCAAACUAGAGAAGAUUCCUCAAUAUAAUAGGUAGCAUAGCGAAAAAUAUAGGGCCGUCUCACUUGAAGCGUCAAACCACUGCGCUAAUCGAUUCUUCUUAUACAGUAGAUGAAAAAUCAAGCCAUAUUCAACAGGCGGAGAAUGGAGACGCCUUUUGUUUGAUAAGUACCUGUGGAAAUUCGACGAUUAUUUCAGUAUGUUUUCCGAAUUUUUAUGACGAACCUACAGUCUGUUGCUCACGAGGUAUCAUUUCUGGUGCGUUUUUAGUUACACAAAUCAAGCCCUUGAAGUCAAUUAGCCCAAGACGCUAGUAAUUCUACGCAAUAUUUGCCCUAUUCAUGUUGCAUUUUGCGCAAAAGAAAGCGCCAGUCAUUGACGUAGGCCUACGUCAGUACAUAACGCCUCGUGUGCUACGGGCUUCAAACUCCGUGUUUAGACGCUGCGCAUGUGCCUAGAAAUUUUUCUUUAGCGCAGUGGAAUAAUCGUUUCGUGUGAGAACGGCUGAAGAUAGCAACAAGGGAUGCUUAUUUGAGAAUUGAGAACCCAUGUUAUGAAAUCAUAGGUUCUUGCAUUCCAGACAGAUAUAUUUUGUAUAAUGAUUGUUACAAAUUUGAAAAGAUACAUUUUUGGUGUUCGUUUCGAUAAUGUAAGCUCUUUUUGCUGCAACAGUAGCUCGUUUAUGCGGAGAAUUAUUGUAUUCUUAUAGACUGCUCUAUCAAGUUCGGCCCGUAAUAAUACAUUUUAAAAAAUAAAAUAAUAAUAGUUUUAAUGAUCUCGAUAACAGUACUGAUGGGAAUGAUGGUGAUAUUGAUGAUGAUGAAGAUGAUAAUGAAGAUGAUGAUGAUGAUAAUGAUGAUGAUGGUGAUGAUGGUGAUUAUCGUCUGGAAGUGGUUUUGAAAUUACUGUAAAGCACGUUUGUACCGAUGCAUGAUUUCGGUUGCGUUAUUACCUGCUCUAAUCAAGACUAUAGAGGAAAUUAGCCCAUAAGUCAAUGAUAGAUCAACGCAGUGUUUGGAUGGUACAUUUUGUUUCACAAUGGUAUUAUCGCAAAGAUGACGCCAGUUGUUAACGUAGAUCUACGUUAGCUAAAUUAGGCCUAAUGUGCAACGGGAGUUAGCUGUAUUUACGAAGCCCAUACAAUGUUAUAGACACAUAAAUUCGAGGGAAUGACUCAUCGAUGGAUAGACUGUUUUUAGCAGUUGAAGGAUUGACUUGAUUUAAGUGUUUUCUCGUCACAAAAGAUCACAAUUAUUGUUCUUUGCAAUGCCUAAUGGAAUCGAACCGGGUAACUUGAAUAUCAUUUAUCCGUGGAUGGGUUCAAUAUAUACAUUUUACCCUGGAAUUCACAUAUCUAUUGACAUUUGUGUUUAUUCUUAUUUCCAAAAUCAUCAACGGAUUUAAAGGUAGUGGAAGAGAUUUUUAAGGAUAAAACCUAUUUCGAUAAAAUUCUGUUAGGUGCGAGGUAUGGUAUAUAUCUAAGUCUGUGGUUUGUGUGGAUGAACGUGUGGAUGUGCGUGUGGGUGUACGUGUGUGCGCGUAUAUGGUGAGUAUAUUUAUCGCUAUUGUGGUGAAUGAUUAAUAAGGCCCACGCAUGCGCAUAUCUGGCAUUACCGAGCACCGUCUCAUAACACGAUGGCAGCGGUGGGAAUCAGCUAAAAAGUGAUUGUUAUAGGGUCAGUUACAUUAUUAGACACGUUACCUUUUAAUCGACCAAAGCGCUAACAUUAUUAUUAUUAUUAACCCGGUCAAUGGAUUCAAUUACGAUUCUGCAGUAGACAGUACACUAUAAAGACCAUUCAAAAGUGGCCAAAAUGUGACCACUUUUUCAAAAUGGUAGAUUAACCCUUUGAUUGACAUGCUGGAUCCAACACUGUAAAAGUUGAAUCUAGCAUGAUAAAAGUGGUAAUCUGAUAUUUUGAAAAAAGGAAAGCAAGAGAGAGAGAGGAAUUAAAAGGAGCGAGGAUGAUGAAGAGAGGG